AUGGGCUGGGUGCACCAUGCCUCGCCUGAAGUGGAAGCGGAGUCGCAAUAUCGCCUCAUUCUAGGGGUGUGCCUGGGCUUGACCCUGUUGAUGAUUAUCACAGUCUGCCUGCGUUUAGCAAUUCGAUUCAACGCCCGCCGAUUGGAAGCGUCCGAUUUUGUGAUGCUGGUGACUAUGGUGGGUUACCUUCGGUGGAUAGACGAUCCGACCGCUAAUCGGUGCCAGAUCUUCAGCAUCAUAUACAGCGCAUUGUGCGUCGCUCAGAGCAGGUACGGCCUCGGAUUACCCUUGUCGCUGCGCCCCAAGGCAGACCUUCCGGAUUACACAAAGCUCAAUUAUGCCGGUCGCCCAUUCUACCAACUUGGAAUCGCAGGAUUCAAAGCUUCCCUAUGCCUCAAUUAUUUGCGAUUGAUUUCCGGAACAUCCAAGAAUUUCUACCGAAUCCUUAUAUGGGCCGUGAUAGCUGUCUCGACACUUGGCCAUCUUGCGGGAACAUUAGUUCUGAUAUUCGACUGCCAGCCGGUUGAGCGCGCCUGGAACCCCAACAUCUCAGGGUCGUGUCUUCCAGCAGGGCCAACAUUCUAUGGAUUAGCCAUCUUCACCAUUAUCUGCGACAUCACCAUCAUCAUCCUUCCCAUUCCGCUGUUGCUUCAACUGAAUAUCAAGACCGCACAGAAAGCGGGAGUAGUUUGUCUGUUCCUGCUGGGGCUGUUCACCACGAUCUGCUCUAUCCUUCGCCUCACGCAAAUCCAUCGGGUGGCAUAUGGCGAUGGAAAUUCGACCAUGUUGGUGCUGUGGGGCACAAUUGAGUUCAAUGUCGGGAACAUUGUAACUUGUGUCCCCUUCCUCGCUCCUUUGCUGAAAGGUGCAGUGCGCGAUUUCCGAUCGUACAGUGGCCGGAAAGGGUACGAUAGCCGGAGCUAUGCUUUGCAGACCUGGUCCAAAGACCCGCGCUCGCAGUUACGGUCGACAACUUCGGCGGCGCCGCAACCCAAACGCACGCCCAGCGAAGAGCUUAUCCUCGAGAGUGGGGGCGUCGACGAGGGAGGCAUUCAUAUGACGGUGGAGCUGCGCGUGUCGCUAGAGAAGAGGCCAACGACAGAGCACGACGGGAUUAAUAGUGCUUACGCUUCUCAGGAUCAAAUCAGACCAGGAUCAUACUGGGUCGAUGUAACAGACACAAGCCAAUGGAGUCGAGCAGAACAGGCCAGGCCAACCGUCCCCGACGGGAUCUUCCCGGCCAUCAAGCCUAGCUCCAUCCAGGAAGAAUCCUGUGCGUCCCGUGAAACCUUAAUGGUGGUCCACCCGGACGGCCAGCCCCGGGCGGCGACCGAGCUGUGUCCCGCCCACGCCAGCUGGCCUGUUGGGCUAGAGACCGGGACUAAGGCCUCAAGCACGACGCCGUCCCCCACGCGAUUCCAGCCUAACAUUCUUAGUGCUGUUAAGGCUCUUUUAGGGCCGGCCUUGUUUCACCUCACGCAUUAG